AGAGAGAUUAGUGGUUUACGUUUACAAGCAAUUAAUUUGUCUUGGUGUACUGGUGAUUAAUAAUAAUAAUAAUAAUAAUAAUAAUAAUAAUAAUAAAGUUAUUAGCAAAUUAAAGCAAGAUCAUGCCUCCGAAAAAGAAAGGAACAGGGAAGUCUGCGAAGGAAAAGAGCAGUACUGUAGACCAAGUACCAUCUACAACGGAGGAAAAUGGCAGUACAGUAGCCCAAGGACCAUCUACUGCGGAGGAAAAGAGCAUUACUGUAGACCAAGGACCAUCUAAGGAGCAGCUGGAAAAGCAAAUUAUCCAGAUGCGUGAGGAGCUGGAUCGGGAGCAAAAAGAGCGCAAUUACUUCCAGCAGGAGAGAGAUAAGAUACAUGACUUUUGGGAGAUCAGUAAAAGCCAUCUAGAGGAGAAGUACGCAGAAAUAAGGAACAGGGAUAAAGAACUGGAAGAAUCUGCAGAGAAACAUCAGCGAGAGAUCAGGAAGUACAAGGAGAAGAUUAAAGACAUGCUGUUAGAACAUCAAAAUAGCAUUGCGGAGUGUAAGCACGAGGGAGUGGUUGCCACUAAACUCCUGGAGAAAGAGCGGGCAGACCUGGAGAGCGAGCUGCAGAGAGACAUACACAGGCUGAAAGUGGAUUCGAAAGAACAGGAGCUCUCGUACGAGAAAUCCAUCAAGAGCCUAAAACUGAGCCAUGAUAAGGAGAUCACCAAGCUCAGAAGUGAAUUUGAGGAAAAAUUACGAGAAAUCAAUGCUACGUAUGAGAAGAAGCUGGAAGAACAGCAAGAGGAGCUAGACCUGAGGCGCAAGACUGAAAUACACGAGAUCGAGAAACAGAAGCAUGCCCACAUUAAGAAACUGAUAAAGAGCCACGAUAAAGCCUUCAGUAAUAUAAAGAACUAUUAUAAGGAUAUCACUUACGAGAGCGUGAACCAAAUCGACUCGCUUGAGGAGAAAGUGGCUGACAAGAACAGUAAGAUGUUGGAGAAGGAGAUGCCCAAGGUGAUACAACAGAACAAGCGUCUGACGGAGCUACUGCAGAAAGCCACCCAGGAAGUGUCAGAGCUGCAGAAACAGCUCACCGACUAUCAGAAGGACAAAAGCAUACUGGCGGGAAAGCAAGCAUGUCUCAAAGUGGCAGAUGCAGAGCUGAAGAACCUGAUAUUUGAGCAUGAACUUCUGGAGCAGAGAUUCAGGAAGGUGCAGCAGGAUCGUGAUGAACUGUACAAGAAGUUCGACAAGGCCAUCCUGGAGGUGCAGCAGAAGAGAGGCUUUAAGAACUUGCUUCAGGAGAAGAAACUGGUCGCUCAAACAGAGACCGGAGAAUAAAGAGGGACCGCUUAACAAGGUCCUUCCUGCCUCCAAUUUAGAGCCCAGUGCCUUUCCGUAUUAUAAAUUCUUUAUUUUAAUAUUUUGAGAUACUACAUUUGUGAUUUCCAUGAGCUGUAAGCCGUAAUUAUCAAGAUUAAAACAAAAAAAAAGGUUAGAAAUAAUUUUGUGUGUAAUGAAUCUAGAAAAUAUUAAAGUUCCACUUUUUAAAUUAAAUUAUGUGAAAAAAUGAACUUUUUUAA